AGUCGGCGCGCUUGCGCAGUCGCGCGUCGCAGGACGUUGGCCGGCGCUCCUGACUGGCUGCGUCUCUUUCGCCGUCGGUAAAUGGCUUUGGUGGCGGGAAAGUUGAGUCGUGCGACCAGCCUUCGGGGCGAUGUGUAGUGACUUCCGUAGGGCUGAGUCUGGGACCGAGCUCCUUGCCCGACUUGAAGGUAGAAGUUCCUUGAAAGAAAUUGAACCGAAUCUGUUUGCUGACGAAAAUUCACCUGUGCAUGGUAUACCAAGCUUGGCUACGCAGGCAACACUGAGCCACAGUUCAUUAUCCCCUCAUACAGAGCCUCCUCUGAAUACACCAGAAAAUAGAGAAUAUCUUGCAGAAAUUAUGUUUGAAUCAUUUAAUGUGCCAGGACUUUACAUUGCAGUUCAGGCAGUGCUGGCGCUAGCAGCCUCCUGGACCUCCCGACAAGUUGGCGAGCGCACGCUCACAGGGAUCGUCAUUGACAGCGGAGAUGGAGUCACCCACGUCAUCCCAGUGGCAGAAGGUUAUGUAAUUGGAAGCUGCAUCAAACACAUCCCGAUUGCAGGUAGAGAUAUUACGUAUUUCAUUCAACAGCUGCUAAGGGAGAGGGAGGUGGGAAUCCCUCCUGAGCAGUCACUGGAGACCGCAAAAGCCAUUAAGGAGAAAUACUGUUACAUUUGCCCUGAUAUUGUCAAGGAGUUUGCUAAGUAUGAUGUGGAUCCCCAGAAGUGGAUCAAACAGUAUGCAGGCAUCAACGCGAUCAACCAGAAGAAGUUCAUUAUUGAUGUUGGGUACGAAAGGUUCCUGGGACCUGAAAUAUUCUUUCACCCAGAGUUUGCCAAUCCGGACUUUAUGGAGUCCAUUUCGGAUGUGGUGGAUGAAGUGAUCCAGAACUGUCCUAUUGAUGUCCGUCGUCCCCUGUAUAAGAAUGUCGUUCUUUCAGGAGGCUCCACAAUGUUCAGGGAUUUUGGACGCCGACUGCAGAGAGAUUUAAAAAGAGUGGUGGAUGCCAGAUUAAAACUCAGUGAAGAACUCAGCGGCGGCCGAAUAAAGCCCAGGCCUGUGGAGGUGCAGGUAAUAACGCAUCACAUGCAACGCUACGCCGUGUGGUUUGGAGGCUCCAUGCUGGCCUCAACUCCGGAGUUCUUUCAGGUCUGUCACACCAAGAAGGACUAUGAAGAGUACGGCCCCAGCAUCUGCCGCCACAACCCCGUCUUUGGAGUUAUGUCUUAGUGUCUCCUGUGGAAUUAUCACUUGAUGGCAUCCCUUGGAGCCCGAGCAGAGUGGUCCCAUGCGUGUGGGGACAGUGGUGUGGCAUCCGGGCGGCGUCCGUGCAUCGCCGAGUGCAUGAGGCUCUGUGCAGUCCUCCCGGUCAAAGCCAUCUAUUUAUGUUCACCUGUUCCAGCCUGGUCCCCUCCUCUCACCCCAUGUCUGCCUCUUCUCUGUCUGAGCUUCUCGUCCACAAAUACAGUUCUGAAGGAAUUCAAGCGCAACUUGAAAUAUUAGAGAAAAAAGGGUACAACAUCAUCCCCCCAGGAAAGAUGGAGGUGUAAACCCUGAUCCUCCCAGCUUAUUUUUGUAAAUAAAAUGUUAUUAUCUUGAAAUACAAAUCGAUGUUUAUAUUUCCUACCAUUUUGUAUUUUAUGGUAUUUGGUACAACUGGCUGAUACUAAGCACGGAUAGAUAUUGAUGUCAUGGAGUGCUGUAAUAAAGUUUUUAAAUUGUGAGGCAUGUUAUGAUAUGUUUAUAGGCAAACAGUAACAUAGCAAACUUUUUUCCAUGUUUGCUCGAAAAUGAGUGCCCUUUAUCAGGGUGACCUGAAGUCUGAACACCAACCAGUGCUAUGUAGGAAUUGCCACACACAGUGUGGCUGAGUUCUUCUGUGUGAGCUUUCCGCUGUGGCGUGGGGAUGUCUAAUGGAAUACUGCUGCACCAUGGUAAUAAAAGCUGUCAGAAUCUUUCUACUUCUCCUGCUCUAGUGUAGUGCUCUUUUGGUCCCCUGAUACUUAAAAAAUUAUCCACGGAUGGUUUAGGACCAGUAGCGCAACUGUGUGAGGGAAUAUCUUAAAUGACACGGACUGUUGUGCAGUGACCACCCCACCUGAUGGUGCAGGGCUACCCACGUUAGGAGUGUUUCAGGCUGGGGUUUGUGUGGAGGUCUCU